AUGGGUAGUACAUUCAAUAAAAAACAGGGUUCUGUUCAAGCACCCCCACAAUCGGGUUUUGGUUAUGCAGGUGUUCCACAACCUAUGCCACAACAGCAACAAUUUAUGCCACCACAGCAGCAAUUUAUGCCACCACAGCAACAAUUUAUGCCACAACAACCUGCUCAAUACCGACCACAAAUGGGUCCACCUCCACAACAACUAAACGUUCGACCAUCAUUUCCAAGUGGACCGACGACGCCACAACAGUCUGUUCCAUCAUCUUUAUCAUUACCAACUGGUCAAAAUCCACUAAUAUCUUAUCAAAACGAUAUGCUUCUUGCAAAUUUAACUGGUUGGACUAUUGCUGAUAUUGAACGAUUACGAACUGAAUUUACAAUUUAUGCUAAUCCUUUUGGUGUUAUUGAUCGUGAGGGUUUUCGUAAACUUUAUAUUGCAUCAUUAUUAAAUAUGACAUGGGAUGCUCUUGUACGUGAUGCUGAAAUAGCUUUUCGUAAUUUUGAUGUAAAUCAAACAGGUACAUUAGAUUUUCAUGAAUAUAUUACUGCUUGUUCACGGAUGACUAGGGAACUAAAUCCGUCAGGAUUAUCAUAA